GGGCGUGACGGCCCUGCUGACACCGUUCCGGUUCCGGGGAGGCGGGGAGGAAGGGCGGCCGGUGCCCGGUUCUUGAAGGACCAGGGGAGGCGCGGCGGGGGCGGCUCCCUCGCUCUCUGCCUCCGCCGGGGUCGUCCUCCAGCACAGAACAACAGAAAAACUGGCUAAAACUAUCACUCAGACAAGCUCUGUACGCUUGACAAAGAAGUGUGAGGAUGGGAAAUAGCGCAUUAAAAGCCCACCUGGAAACAGCACAGAAAACUGGUGUGUUUCAGCUAACAGGAAAGGGACUUACAGAGUUUCCUGAAGAUCUGCAGAAGCUAACGAGCAACUUGAGGACAAUAGAUUUGUCAAACAACAAAAUAGAGCUCUUGCCACCACUCAUUGGAAAGUUUUCCUUUUUGAAGAGCCUUGUUCUAAACAACAACAAACUGACUGCUCUGCCUGAGGAGCUGUGUAAACUGAAAAAACUGGAAACACUGCAUUUGAAUGGCAAUCACUUGAGGCAGCUACCAGCUGCGUUUGGACAACUUUCAGCUCUCAAAACCCUGAGUCUUUCUGGAAACCAGCUUCGGACUGUGCCAACGCAACUCUGUGGUCUUCGUCACUUGGAUGUGGUAGAUCUUUCCAAAAACCAGAUCCAAAAUGUACCUGACACUGUGGGAGAAUUGCAGGCUAUCGAACUCAAUUUGAAUCAGAACCAGAUUUCCCAGAUCUCAGUGCAGAUCUCCCACUGUCCACGCCUCAAAGUCUUGCGUUUAGAGGAAAACUGCUUAGAACUCAGCAUGCUUCCUCAAAGCAUCCUCAGCGAUUCCCAGAUCUCACUGCUUGCAGUUGAAGGAAACCUCUUUGAAAUCAAGAAACUCAGAGAACUGGAGGGUUAUGACAAGUACAUGGAACGGUUUACAGCUACAAAGAAGAAGUUUGCGUGAUCAUUGUUCUGAUCCUGUGUAUCCCUGAUAAGAAGAGUUAGUGACUGAGGCACCCGCUUCACAGACCUGAAGCAAGACUGGUGAAGGAAAUGAUCAGAGUACUCCCCUGUAGCAGUCGUACAGUCUGUUAAGGCCAUAUCGAAUAAACUGGAACUAGAGAACAUGGGUACUGAACGGGUAAACCUGUCUAGGGGCCAGUUUUGAUUUUGAACCACUAUAGCUUUUAACACAAUACAUGUUCUCCUUUGCCAGGGCUCAUUCUUUAAUAGAGAAAGGGAAAGAGCAUUUCAAAUUUGCCAGUUCCCCUUCAUCAGGAAGCUGUGUGUUAAGCUAUAAGAGUCAUUUCUCCUGGAAAUAUUUUUCCAUGCUAGUACAUGGAAGUUUUGCUAUCAAAGGAGAUCUGAAAAGUUGUAUAUUUUGCAGUAAGCACUCUUCUACAGAGAAGAACUUCCACAAAUAACGUUUUAGUUCUUAACCUCUACAAGUUUUUCUAAUGAAGCACAAACAGUUAUGGCUAAAUUUUUAUCAGCUGCUUCCAGUGAACAAAUCAUGGUUUGAGCAUCCUUCGUAGACUUUUUUCCCAUAAGCAGGAAUUGCACUACAGUCCUAUUCUGCUUGAGCUGCGUCAAAUAAAGAUGAGGUUCACCUUCAAUGUAUUCAGUAAAAUGUAUAUUGCUGGAAAAUAGAAAAGCCUUGCACUGACUGUUUGUAAAAGUCUUAGCUGUCACCCUACUGCUGCUGCUGCCUUACUAUCGCUGCUGCCUUACUAUCAAAAGCAUCUAGAAAGACCUAAAAACGUAUGCAGUUAUUUAACUUAUACUGAAGAUGAAAAUGUACUUGUUUAUUUUAGUAAAUUGUUUUCAAAAA